AUGGCCCAGACCCACUUCCUCGCCCUGCCCAACAAGGACCUGAUCUCCUCCUUCUCCUUCAACUACUACGGCACUCGCCUCGCCGUGUCUUCGCUCGACCACCAUCUCUACAUACUCUCGUCCGACCUCGAGAGCGGGAAGUGGCCAGAAGACCAGAGCCAGGAACAGCAGCCAGGCCAAUCGGCGGCCGACCCAGCGGCCCAGAACGGCUCUCACCCCUCGCAGCGCAAGACUCCCUCGAUCCAGGCUUGGACCGCCCACGAAGGACCCGUCAUCAAGGUCGUCUGGUCCGACCCUAUCCAUGGCGAAAUCCUCGCGUCGGCCGGAACGGAUGGAACGGUGCGGAUAUGGGAAGAAGAUACUAGAAGGCUCGAUCAAUCAAACGGAAAUGAAAACCAGACUGGAGCUAAGGCAAACACAACAAAGCAAAACGCAGGUCUGUCCCCCGGAGGAUGGUACCAGCAAACGAUCCUAGCAGACUCAAACCGAACGAUCCGAGACAUUGGCUUCAGCCCAUCGGAAACGAGCCUGAGGCUGGCAUCGAUCUCGACCGACAACCAUCUUCGGGUGUACGAAUGUCUGGAGACGAACUCGUUCUCGAGCGACAACUGGAACCUGGUCAUCAACAUCGACCUCUCAGUCCUCCCGAGCCAUCCCACCACUUCCUUCGAGCAUCUCAACCCCACCCUGGCGACGAUCCCCGGCUCGAGCAGCGGGACGGGCGGCCCGCAGCAGCAUUCCUCCUUCACCUCCGUCCGUGGCUUCGACCCCACCGUGAGCCUCAACAACCCCAACAAGAACAACCCGAGCACGAACUUCAAUCUGAUCAACCCCCUAUCCGGACUCAGAUCAUCGGCCACCGCCAGCCACACAUCCCCCUUCAACCAAGCCGCGUCCAUCAACACCCCCUCCUCCUCCGACCAGCAUCUCGAGUGCUUCGGCGGAUGGGCCCUCAGCUGGUGUCCCGAAAGCUACUGGGGCGAUAUCCUCGCCGCCUCCGCCGGCGCAUCCGGCGCCAUCAGGCUCUUCCGAUUCUCCGGGCACUCCCAGUGGGAAAACUUCGGCUUCUUGAGCCCGCUCAGUCAUUCGAAAUCCGCGACGGGCCAGGACUUCACUCUCCCAUCACACCGCCACCACCACCACAGCAGCAACACCAAUAAUAGCAAUACGGGCACCAGCAGCAGUGGCCAACGACAGACCGGUGGGACAACAACGGCCGCAGGAGCAGGACCAGCUACUCCAGUCUCGCCGAUCUCUAGUCUGGCAUGGGCCCCCCCUUGUGGUCGAGACUACCAUCUGAUCGCCGCGGGACAUCGGGACGGUCGAGCACGGAUCUGGAAACUGAUCCCCGCCCUACCCCCGUCCUCUCAGUGGUCGUUCGCCCUCGACACCGAACUCGAAGACCACAUCCAUACCCCGAAACAACCCCUCGACUCGCUCUCUACUCACCACCAACUCCUCAAAAACCCCGUCCCCCCUCUUUCUGCUGACGCUGGCGUGGGUAAAUGCGAAUGGAACGUCACGGGUACCGUCUUGAGUACCAGUGGCUCGGACGGAAAAGUGCGGAUCUGGAAGAUGGGGUAUACUUCUCGCUGGGUUAACACGGCCGAAAUCAACUGUAUUGAUGAACAUAAUCAAGAAACUGAGGACGCUCCGCCCAACAAUCAUUCGACUAGCGGGAUCAUCACCGUCGGCUAA